CAUUUGUGUGUGUUUUAAUUGUUGUUGAUAGAAAUUGUUUUUGUAUACAACAGAUAAGGUCAACAUCAUGAACGAAAACAAACGAAAAAGGGAUGGUGGUGUUGGUCCACAAAUAAAGACUCAAAUGCCCCGUACCAAUAAGUUGGUAGAUAUAAACCGAAAAUUAUCUGAUGCCCAAAGGAGUAGAAUUAUGAAAACUCCAUUCCGAUAUCUGGUGGACAUGAAGACCUAUAUAGGAAUGAAUGGUACUUUAUUGAAGGAAUUAUUGCAUAGGUGGGAUGCAAGUAGCUUAGGAUUUAGAGUAGGCGUUAGAACUGUGGCCUUUAAACAUCUAGACCUUUGUUUGGCUCUAGGUUUGCCUAUUUUAGGAGAAUCUUUGCCGGAAUCAAUAGAUAGUGAUAGUCAUGUUAGAACAUUGUUUGAUGUAAAUGAAGUUAUUGAUAUUGAUAGUGUACAUUCAAAGUUGAAGGUCCUUCAAGAAGAGGACAACAUAGAUGAUUUUUGUAGAGUUUACAUCCUAUUUGCCUUGUGUGUCUUAUAUUUUCCGAAAUCACAUGGUAAAAUUAAAAAAGAAUUCUUUAACCUUGUUGAUGAUUUAGACGCUCUUAGUACCUAUAAUUGGGGUGUCGCUGUUUACGAUGAUUUAAUGGAACACUUUAGUAGUGCGGCGUCAAAAUACCAUCAACAAAAGAAUGAUACAGUUUUACACAUUUCUGGUUGCUCAGCCGUAUUGCAGAUAUGGGCGGUUGAACAUUUAAGCCUAUGUAGUGGACCAAAUAAGUGUUUUCCACGCAUUAAUAAUUGGACCAAAGUGGAGGGAGGACAUGUUGUAAUCUCAAACAUUUUUUCAAAUGUGAAGUUGGUUGAGGAAUUGGUUCCAACGCAAGAAGACAUGAAAAAUGAUGUCUUUGUUAAAGCCGUUAACCAUUUUGAAGUUGGUAUUGGAGAUGGUGCAUACCCUUUAUUUGAUGUGCAAGCUUAUAUGGCUGAACAUCAAAGGUUGGUGGGCGAACAAAAAGAUUUGCUUUCCCGUGUUUCAAUCCUUGAGGAUGAUAUGAGGAUAUUAAAAGAAAAUAGUGUUCACGGUAGGGAAAAUAUUUCAAAAGAAAAUGAUGAUGGGAUGAAGUUGGAUGAUGAAGGUGUUGGGGAAGAGGAAAAAAAAAUGGAAGAAGAAAAUGAUGAUGGGAUGAAGUUGAAUGAAGAAGAUGUGGCUGUAGAGGAAAAAAAAAGGGAAGAAGAAAAUGAUGAUGGGAUGAAGUUGGAUGAUGAAGUUAUGGCUGAAGAGAAAAAAAAAAGGGAAGUAACGAUUAAGUCACAUUUGAAAAGGCUGUAUUUGUUCUGCACACAUGAAAAGGCUAAAGAUAUGGUGAUAUGUGAGGUAGAUGAAAUGCGUUUAUCCGGGGUGUUUUUCCAAUGCAUGAAGGCGAGGAAGUGGGUCAACUCAAAUGUUAUUAAGAUUGCUGCCAAGACUAUGAUGUAUGAUGAAGUUCGAAAACAUGGUUGUGUGAAGCGCUUAAUUUUGAGUAAUUAUUUUUCGUUUGAGGUGGUUGAAGAUUUAAAGGCACAUCCCGAAGGACGUAAAAUCAAAUGGACUGAGCGGAAAUUCAAGAUAUAUAUGCCUUGUUGGACCAAGACACUUGAGGCGUUGUGGUUAUCUGACUUUGUAUUUGCACCAACCCAUUUCGAGGACCACUGGACAUGUUACGUCUUGGACCAUAGGAAGAGGAAAAUGUAUGUGCUGGACUCGUUAUACAAUGAUAGAAAUGGCCCAAGGCAGCAUUUGGAUAAUGCGAUGAAAGUACGUUUUGAAGGGGUAUUGGAAUUUAUGAAUAAAGUACCGAACAAUAAAGCAAAUAUGUUGGCACCUUCGUUGGAGGUUGUAGUGGUGGAUUUACCAAAGCAAAAAAAUUGUCAUGAUUGUGGCGUUUAUGUCCUUAAGUACUUGGAGAUGUGGGAUGGUCAAGCAAAAUGGGGGCAGAAGAGUAUGCCCGACUAUUCAUUGGAGGAUAUCCUUCGGAUUCGCAGUGACAUUGUUUGUCGUUUGGUGCUUCAUGAAGAAAAUAAGCUGAGAAGUUUUGUAUUAGAUAAUGCAAUGUUACCCGCGGACUUAUUGAUCGAUUAAACAUACAUUUUCUAACUUAAUUGUGGUCGAUUGUUAGUGAUGUACAUUUGACGAAGACAUACUUUUUUUGGUUAUUGAUGGUCAUCUAUAAAAGAUUAUACUUGUUCA